AUGGAUGUGUACAAGACCUGUUACUCCAUCCUGAUGGCGGCCCUUUCAGUCAUGGCCCCAGAUGAUGCUCCUGAGUCAGAGGAAAAGCAGGGUGAGAUCUCAGAUUACAAGUGUGCCCUCUUGUCCUCCUCGGCCACUGGAGAGGCCUUGCCCCAGGAAUCUCUGAAUGAGAUGGUGGCUAACCUGUUGAAGUUCCUGCUCCUCAAGUAUCAGGCCAAGGAGCUGACCUCACAGGCGGAAAUGCUGAAGAAGGUCCUUAGGGAUAACCAGGAGCACUUCCCGGUAGUCUUAAGGCAAGCCUCGUAG